AUGACUGAUGACCUCCAGAAUGUCUUGAUACCUAGUGACAGUCGGGGCAGCCAUAGAUAUCUUAGAGAAACCCAGGAAGCAUUAGGAGGUGCCAGAAAUGGUGGAUUUCUGGGAAAGAAUAGAAGUGAGAACAAGUGUAAAGAUGGAAAAGAGAGACUUCAAGAACAAGUUUUAGGAGAUGAAUGGUAUCUCUGCUAUGUAACUCUCCGCAGCCUUGGUGCAUCAGCUGGGCCGGAAUGGGCCAUGUAUCCUUUCCCCUAUUUGGCAGCAACCCCAGUAGAUACACCUAAGAACAGCACAGUGUACCAAAUGAAGGCCCACCUUCUCAACUGGGGCACCUCCGAUCAGGGGACAGUUGAGUAUCUUCUUAUUGAAGGGGGUGAAGAUCGAUUUGAAGUUGACAAAAACACGGGUGCAAUCAGAACAACCGGCCUUCCUCUUCAGAAGAAUAAAGAAUAUGUACUUACCGUUCAAGCAGCUGACAGGCAGGGCAACAAAGGUUCCUAUGCAUCUAUCUAUGUUUUAGUCGGCUCCAGACCCCCGCAGUUCUCCAGCUCAUCUUACAGUGUGUCUGUUCCAGAGAACACCCCACCAGGACAAAUAAUUGCUAUGGCCAAGGCCAUCUCCUUCCAGAAGAAAGUUCUCUCUUACACCUUGCUCAUUAAUCCCAGCAGUCUGUUCACUAUUAACCAGGACAGUGGUGAGCUCAGCCUGACUCACAGUAUGGACUACGAGAGUGAACACCAUCUAUACCACCUACUGGUCAAGGUUGCAGAGGCUGGCACUGGACUCAGCAGUGUGGCUGAGGUGAUGAUUCAAAUCACUGAUGAAAAUGAUUGCACACCAGAAUUCCUACAGUCCAUCUAUACCCGGGACAACAUCCCUGAAACUAUCCCCAUCAGCACAUCUUUAUUACAAGUGUUGGCAAAAGACUGUGAUUCUGGCUCCAAUGCGGAGAUUUCCUACUCCAUCCAAAGCUCAGACUUCUCCAUUACACCGCAAGGAGUCAUCAGUCCAAAAAAGCAGCUGGACUAUGAGAGAGCCAAUCACAUCUAUGAGUUUGCUGUUGUGGCUGUGGAUAACGGACACCCUCCACGAACAGGAAUGGCAUCUGUGCGGAUUCGGAUGACAAAUGUGAACGAUGAGGCACCAGUAUUCUCACAGAAUGUUUACAAAACCUUCUUGUCAGAAGAUGCUGGCCCAAAUACCCUAGUGGCCAUUGUUCAUGCCAAGGAUCCAGAUGGCGAUAGUGUCAGUUAUAAAAUCAAUGGAGGCAAUGAGGAAGGAAACUUUGAAAUGGACAGCCACAACGGUAUCAUCAGAUUGCGUAAAAUCCCUCUUCCCAGCCUGCAUGGUCCUCAGUAUAUACUGAACAUCACAGCAACAGAUGACAAUUCAUCAGGGGGACCUAGACCUCUCAGCAGGUCGGCUCAGGUCAUUGUGGGAAUCAAUGACAUCAACAACAACAAACCUGUGUUCAAAGAGUGCACUAAAUAUAGCGAGAACACAUGGGUCCUAGAAAACCAGCCUCCAGGUACCGUUGUACUCCAGGUUGAGGCCUCUGAUGCUGACCUUGGGCUGAAUGGAGAAAUAAAAUACGGAAUUAUGCAUCGCGAAGGAGUUACACCAGGUUUCACGAUUCAUCCUGAGACUGGAGUCAUCACCACCACUCAAAGCUUUGAUCGGGAGAAGCAACGUGAAUACACUGUGUCAGUAACAGCUACAGACCAGGCCCAAGAACCCCUGAUCGGUGUAUGCCAAAUUACUGUCUACAUUGCUGAUGUAAACGACAAUGAUCCUAAAUUCGAGAAUAGUCGCUAUCAAUAUUUUUUACGAGAAGACACAGCAGUUGGAACAAGUUUUUUGAGAGCUGCGGCUCACGAUGAUGACCAAGGGACAAAUGCAAUUGUUACAUAUUCCUUAUCAAGUCAGCAACCAGCCUACCUUCAGAUCCAUCCAAGCACUGGCUGGAUAUAUGUGAAUCACCCUAUCUCCCAGACUUCUCGUAUUGGCCAAAAUAUCAUUGCAACUGAUGGGGGCAAUCGCAGCAGCUCAGUGGAGCUAACUGUAACCAUCACAAACGUUUACAACCAGCCACCCCAGUGGGACAAAGCAGAGUAUUAUGUGAUCAUUGCAGAGAAUACCAUUCGAGACUCCAAGGUUGUGACAAUUAAAGCAACAUCUCCACUGGGUGAUCCAAGAGUGACAUAUAAUCUAGAAGAGGGUCAGGUUCCAGAAACCAAUAUGCCAGUUCGAUUCUACCUCAAGCCAAAUAGAGGUGAUGGGUCAGCAUCUAUCCUAGUUGCUGAACCACUAGAUUUUGAGACAACAAACUUUUUCACUUUGAGGGUCCGUGCAGAAAAUGUGGCGGCUGUUCCAUUAGCAUCCUUCACCACAGUAUUCAUAAACAUAACAGAUGUGAAUGACAAUGUUCCAUUCUUUACAUCUUCCAUAUAUGAGGCCACAAUACCUGAAGGAGCAGAUCACGGCACUGCAGUCGUACAGGUGUCAGCCACAGACCAAGACUCUGGCCUUCAUGGAAAGGUUCAUUAUCUUAUUUUGAAAGACCCAAGUCAUGAUCAUCAGUUCUUCAGUAUUAACCAAGAAACGGGAAUGGUUUAUACCAGAACGUCAUUUGACAGAGAACGCAAAGGCUCAUACUUAAUAGAGGUCCAGUCUCAGGACAGCUCGGAAUCAGCCCGACCCGGCAUGAAUGGACAGUAUAAUUCUGAUACGGCAUAUGUAAGAGUUUUUGUAAGUGAUGUUAAUGACAAUGCACCGGUGUUCCCACUUGCGACGUAUGAAUCGAGUGUUGAGGAGGGUAAAGACGUUGGCUCUGUUGUUCUCACGGUUACAGCUAAUGAUGAGGAUGAAGGGGCAAAUGCAAAACUACGGUAUCAGAUCACAUCAGGAAACGUGAAAGGUGCAUUUGACAUAGAACCUGAAGUUGGAACAAUCGUCAUAGCUCAGCAGCUGAACUAUGAAGAGGUACAACGCUAUGAGCUCGGCCUUGUUGCUUCAGAUGGAAAAUGGGAGAACCAGACUACCGUUAUCAUUAAUGUGAUCAACAAAAAUGAUGAGGCGCCAGUGUUUAGCCGCAGUGAAUACCACACCAGUGUCUUAGAGGAGUUACAUGAUCUUCCCGCCUUCAUUUCACAGGUGACCGCUACUGACCCAGACCAAGAAGCUGAUCAGAGUGCUGUGAGGUACAGUCUCCAUGGACAGGGUUCUAACACUGAGUUUACCAUUGAUGAGUUAACUGGGAUGAUCUAUGUGCAAAAGAAGCUUGACCGCGAAGAACGCUCUGCCUGGCGUUUCCUUGUUUUAGCUACAGAUGAGAAUGGAGAAGGACUUACUGGUUUUGCAGAUGUCAUUGUGGACGUAGUGGAUGUUAAUGAUAAUUCUCCCAUGUUCCUCUGUGUAUCAGAUGGCUGCUUCACUGGUUAUGUAUCAGAAGAUUCGCCAGCAGAUACUUCAGUCAUGGAGAUUACUGCAGUCGACCUUGAUGACCCCAAAACUGGAAAGAAUGCUAUCAUAACAUAUCAGAUCAUCCAGAAUGUUCGAAAUGAGAUUAAUCUUAAUUUGUUUUCUAUCAACCCAUCUACUGGAACCAUUUAUACUGUGCUUGGGUCCUUAGACAGAGAAAGGCAAGAGAAGUAUUUGGUGGUAGUGGAAGCCAAAGAUGGAGGAGGUCUCACCGGAACAGGAACAGCAACCGUUGUAGUUUUAGACGUCAAUGAUCAUGGCCCAAUCUUUGCCCAAGACUUGUUCAUUACCUCACUUCCUGAAAAUGCAGAAAUCAACAGCGAAGUCCUUGCAAUAUCUGUCAGUGAUGCAGAUGCAGGCGAGAAUGCCAUGGUGACCUUCAGCAUUGUGGCUGGAGAUGAAAACCGCAAAUUUUUUAUUGAGACAGACAAGACUGGCAGACAUGGUUUGAUUCGCUUGAAGAAGAAAAUUGAUUUUGAGAAACCACAUGAAAGAAGAUUCAAUCUGACAAUCAAAGCAGAAGAUAUUGAUUUUUCUAGCUUGGCUUACUGCAUUGUUGAAGUGGAGGAUUGCAAUGACCAUGCACCAGUCUUUUUUCCCCAGUUUUAUGAGUCUUCUGUAGUCCUCGAAGAUGUCCCUCUGGGCACUAAGGUCAUCCAAGUCACAGCUGUAGAUUUAGAUUCAUCACAAAAUGGAAUGCUUUCCUAUAGUAUCGCCCCUGAGUCUGAUCCCCAGGGGCAGUUCACAGUGGAUAACAGUGGUUGGGUGAAGGUAGCAGGAGCACUUGACCGUGAGUUACUACCAGAACACCACCUAAAUGUACUUGCUACUGACAUGGGAAGUCCAUCACUCACUGGUAGUACUGCUGUUCUUGUUAUUCUGCAAGACAUAAAUGACAAUGGCCCAGAGUUCGAGAUGCAGUAUAGUCCAAUUGUUUGGGAAAAUACUAAUGCUCCUCAGCUGGUUUGGAUCAAUGAAACCUCAUCACUGAUGUAUGCGAAGGACAGAGACACCACAGCAAAUGGCCCACCCUUCUCUUUCCAGAUGUUGCUUGAUGCCGAACAUAAUGCUAAUUUUGUGUUGACGGAUUUUGGAAAUGGAAGUGCUUCACUCACUGCUCUUCAUGUUUUUGAUAGGGAGGAGCAUAAAUUUUUUCACUUGUCUGUCAUCAUUACUGACAGUGGGGAUCCUCCCAUGACAUCCACUUGCACCCUAACUGUCAGUGUAGGAGAUAAGAAUGACCACCCGCAUUCAUCAGGCCACACAGAAUUCAUUGUCUACAGCUACAAAGGCAUUUUACCUACGACUGUUCUGGGAAAGGUUCACGCACCGGAUCGUGAUGAAUGGGAUGAGAAGAAAUAUCACAUUGUGGGGAAAUUGUCAAGGCAUUUUAUUUUAAAUAAAACUUCUGGAGAAUUCACUAUCAAAGAAGGUAUAACCCCUGGAAUAUACCACUUCAAGGUCCGGGUGUCUGAUGGGAUUUGGCCUGAUGUGGUUUCUACAGUGAAGAUCACAGUACAUUGUAUGGGGGAAGAAGCCAUUUCGAACGCCGGGUCUAUAAGAAUGGAAAAUAUUACUGCAGAGGAGUUCCUCUCACAGCCUCCUGAUGGAGACAACAAGUACACCAAACUGAGGAAGCUAUUGUCUGAGGUCAUUCCAGCGCAGCCAGAGCAUGUUCACAUAUUCAGCAUCGGGAAUGGGAAGGGUCGUGUGAGGGAAAUGAAGGUCUGGUACGCAGCUCAUGGAUCGCCCUAUUACAAGGCAGACAAACUCAAUGGGAACGUGGCUGCACACAAAACAAGGAUUGAAGCCAUCUUGGGUGUUAACAUCACACAGAUCAGUAUUGAUGAUUGUAUGAACGUGGACUGUCGGCACACAGCAGGAUGUUGGAGCAGCACCAGUUUUGAUCAUGUUCCAACAAUAAUAACUGCUGGAAGUGUUUCCAUGGUUUCUUUAACAGCAUCAACCAACACACAAUGCUACUGCAGAGCUCGAGAGGACCAGCAUCUUCCCUGCAGCUCCUACUCUACCAACCCAUGUUUGAAUGGGGGCACCUGCAUUGAUUCUGACUAUGGCUACAGGUGCAGGUGUCCUCCUCUGUUUGAAGGUCCCGAGUGCCAGCAGACAAAACACACUUUCAGAGGAGGGGGUUAUGCCUGGUUUCCUCCCUUGAAGCCUUGCUUUGAGAGCCGCAUCUCUUUGGAGUUUAUCACUGAAGUUCCCAAUGGUCUUCUCUUUUAUAAUGGGCCAAUGACAAAAAUGCAGUUUGGGGAUUCUGAGGAUUUUAUUGCCUUAGAACUUAAGAAUGGAGUACCAUCUCUGAAACUGAAUCAGGGCUCAGGAUCUCUGCUCCUCCAAUUACCACCAACAGUUAAUGCAGCAGAUCGUCGCUGGCACAGGAUAGAUAUAAAAAAUAACGGCAAGGUUGUAUACCUGACUCUUGACCACUGUUCUGCUGCUUCUAUGAAGGAGAGCGAAGGGAACAAGGCAGGAUGGAAUGAGUUUAACCGACUGAUGUGUGAAGUAUCUGGGAGAACACCAGGAAAUGAGAGGUUCCUUAAUGUGUACCAACCCCUACAACUAGGGGGUGUGAAGGAGAUACAGGCUCACCAUGACUCAAAACUAUUUUUCGAGGGAUUUGUAGGUUGCAUAAGGAAUCUAGCUAUUGAUAGCAUGAUCUAUGACUUAGGGAGCCCUGCUGAGUCCCUCAAUGGUGCCCCAGGCUGUGCACUGACUGACGAGGUAUGUCAGAGUACUGGCAAACUGUCCUGUGGUGAGAAUGGUGCAUGCCUUGGUGAGUGGGGAUCGUUCAGCUGUGACUGUCAUCCAGGGUAUGCUGGGCACAACUGCGAGAAAGCCCUCCCAGAGUGGUCCUUUGAAAAAGACAGCCUCAUUCAGUACCAGCUGACAGGAUCUCUUAACCCCAGCACAGUACGGGCACAGCUCAUGGUACGAACCCGAGCGCCAUUUGGUACCCUCCUGAGUAUGACAGCAAAAGAAAGGAGAGAGUAUAUUUUACUAGAGGUUGUUGAUGGGCAUUUUGGUGUUCGAUUUAACCUUGGUGAUGGGGAGCAGUCUCUGAGACUACGAACAGUACGCGUAGACAAUGGAAUCUGGGUCCCACUGAGUAUGGAGCUCUAUAGCAAUGAGCUUACCUUGCGUCUUGACAACGGAGGAGGAGACCGUGAAGUGACCUCUACUUUGAGCACCCACCGACAGCCUGCAAUAGACCUGUCAAGCAUGGCACUUGGCAACAACCUUCCUGACCGCUCACAGACAGAUUUCCAAGGAUGUAUGAGGGAUGUUCGUGUGAAUGGUCACUUGCUCUUUAUGGAUGAGAAGAACACAGAAUUUGCAGCCAUCGUUGACCAACGAGGCAUUACUCCUGGCUGUCAAUCUGAUGCCUGUAAUAUGAAGCCCUGUCACAGCCCCUUUCUUUGCGUUGAUCUGUGGAGGAAGUACGAGUGCAGGUGUCCAGCUGGAACAGUGGCUGCAGUGGAAGAGCUCACAAGUCAGAAACAUUGUGCACCUUCUCCAUGUGGACAGUGGAGUUGUAGGAACCGUGGUACAUGUGUGGCUCUGUCACCAGAAAAAUUUGUCUGCCACUGCAUGGAAGGGUUUCGAGGACAGUGGUGUGAGAUGAGCCAAGUAAAAGCAUUGAAGAACGCAGGGCUCAGUUCCAGCUCCAUUUUGGCCAUCAGCAUGUGUCUUCUGGUCUUUUUAGCCCUUUUAGUUGCUUUCACUGUCUGGAGCCAGUGGGGAAGGGCAAAGUUCCAGAAGGGUGGCGUUUACCACAUCCCUGUGGAGCACGAAAGCUGGGAGGACAUCAGAGAAAAUGUCUUAAACUAUGAUGAAGAAGGCGGAGGUGAGCAGGACCAGAAUGGAUAUGAUAUUAGUGAGCUGAAGAGACCUCUGCAUGCGAGCCUGUCCCAGUCUUCCUCGGGGACUACUGCCCCACUUCUUAAAUCAUCACCAAGUUCUGAGGUAGAGACACUGUCACCUCUGAAGGAACCUCCACCACCACCAGAAGCAGCCCCGAGCAGCAGCUUAGAUUAUAAAGCCUAUGUGUCCCGCAUUAUAUGGGAAGCAGACAACGAUCCUCAAGCUUUUCCACUAGACAGCAUUCAUACCUACUGCCUAGAAGGCCUAGGAUCACUGGCUGGGAGUCUUAGUUCACUGGAUUCCUCUUCUCUAGAUGAAGACUUAAAUUAUGAUUACCUCAGGGACUGGGGCUCAAAGUUUGAUAAACUUAGAGAACUCUACAUUUCCACAGAUGACGAAAUGGAGCAAAAGAGCUGAAACUAUUUUGCUGGAUGUGCUCCAAAGAAAAGCAAGCUACAAUCCUUUUUUAAUGUUUCUGAUGUAAAACAUCUAUGUUUGUAAAAGAUAAAAGUAUUUUUACUUUUUGGAAUACAAAUGUUUCUUACUGUACCAGUUUAAAACAAGAUUUGCCAAAACAAACAUUUUUAAAGCCUUUAAAUGUCUUACAGCCACACAAGUCAAGUGACAAUCAGAAUUAAAAUGUUUACUUAGUAAUAUAAAGACUAAUAUUUUAAAAGCU